AUGGUCGCUCAGCCACAAUCUCAAGGGCCCAUGCCAGAUUCAUCCAUCGACACACAGCAUGAAGACAUGAUUCAUGACGUGCAGCUCGACUACUACGGGAAGAGACUCGCGACGUGCUCGUCGGAUCGAUUCAUCAAGAUCUUUGACGUUUCCCCGGAUCAAACGUCCCACCAACUUUCCGCUACCAUCGCCGCGCAUGAGGGACCCAUCUGGCAGGUUGCCUGGGCUCACCCCAAGUUCGGGAGCAUCCUAGCCUCUUGCUCGUAUGAUCGCAAGGUUUGUGUGUGGAAGGAGGUUCAGCUUCAGCAGUGGACCAAGAUCUACGAGUACGCGGACCAUCAGUCUUCCGUCAACAGCAUCGCCUUCGCCCCCCACGAGCUCGGGCUGAAGCUCGCCGCCGCUUCAGCUGAUGGAACAAUCUCGAUCUUGAGCUGGAGAGGGCAAGGGGACAACUCGUGGGACGAGCGUGUGGUGCAUGACGCGCAUCAGAUCGGUUGCAAUGCAGUUUCAUGGGCCCCUGCUGCUGCUCCUGGCUCGAGCACUACGGCCAAUGCCACGGGAGCAAACGAGCGAGUGACCUGGUUGUCAGCGUUUGUGAGCGGAGGAUGCGACGGAGUUGUCAGGAUUUGGAGGAUAAAGGAAUCGGGAGACGUGGUGCUCGACGAGGACUCUCAGCACUCUGGUUGGGUCAGGGAUGUAGCAUGGGCCCCCAGCCUCGGCCUGCCCGUCCAGACCAUCGCGAGCUGCGCGGAAGACAAGGUCGUCAUGAUCUGGAGCCAAGCACCCGGCAAGGCCUGGACCUGCAAGAAGCUGCCGACGUUCGAUGCUGUCGUGUGGCGCGUGAGCUGGUCGCUGACAGGCAACGUGCUCGCGGUGUCAUGCGGAGACGGGAAGGUGACGCUAUGGAAGGAGAGCCUUGACGGCGAAUGGAAACUCGUCGAGUCCAUUGCGGACUCGCAGUGA